CAUUGAAAGGGGGGGCCCCCUCGGUGACAGGCGGCCUCCCGGCUUUUUCCUUCCUUCUUGGUCUCUCCCUCGGUCCCUCCGCAUCGCUCUCUCUCCCCCCUCUCUCCUCUAUCCCUCUGUUCUGCUCUCCCCUCGUCAUCCAACACAUUCACAGUUCAACGGUGCAACAAAAACCAUAAGUCACUUUGACGGAUUUGUCGACGGAUUGUGGCACAGGGCGUUCUAUCAAGAAUUAUAGAGUACAUGGUGCUAAAGAUUUAACGCACUGGGUUUUCUCUUGUUCCCGGUUGGAAGCUUCUUGCUUGAGGGGGGAAGAAAUACAAACAAUAAUUGAGUUGGAAUGGAAUUUUUUUAUACCCUAAUGCAAAAUUCAGUUAGAAAAACUUUAAGAUAAUAGUUGUAAUCCUUGCCUGAGAGGUACAAGAUUUGGAAUUGAGAUUAAGUUGGCUGUACAUGAAUCCAAGGAGGGAUUUUAUCUGCAUAUUGCACAAGUUACUUAAUGCUGUGAUCUGUAUCAUCUUUUCUUGUUAUUAUGCAGGAAGUUGUAGAUGUACAGUUUGACAUUAGCCACGCGUUGAUAAGACUGUGCUCUUCAAACUUUCUUUUCUCCAAAUUUGCAACACACUAAGGCUAGGUUCAUACUACAGGUCUUAAAUGGUGUUACACUUAUGGUGUUACACUUAUAUAGCGCUUUUCCACCUUUCAAGGCGCUCAAAGCGCUUUACACUAUCUCACCAUCCACCUACUGGUGACGCAGCACCAGGAGCAACGUGGGGUUCAGUGUCUUGCUCAAGGACACUUAGACGAGUUCAUCAGGGCGAAGAAUCGAACCCACAACCUCCAGGUUGGGGGACAAUUACUCUACCAAUGAGCCACGCCACCCCACUCUGAAUGCACAAAUCCGAUGUAUUUGCCAUAUGUUUUUUUUUUUUGACGUGCCCGUUCAGACUGCCUUUCUCCAUUGAGACCGUUCACGUAUCACGCAUGCGCACUCAUUCGCAGUACGAGAUGCGCUCAGUAAAGAGACCCUCAUGCGCAGAAGCAUCAAAACAAAUUACACAUGCUACCAAUUCCAAAAAGAGGACACAAAUAACAGAAAUUAAUUAUCCCUAUUUAGUCUUCUAUUCAAAGUUUAUAUCAGGCAUGCAAACUGGUUAGGGGUUAAAAAGGUGACAAAGUAACAUGGACACACGGCAUGCGCGGAAAAGUGCAUUUCACAGUGCAUCCAGAGACAUCUCGAAUUAAACACAGUACAUAAUAAUUUAACAUAUACAAAUCUAAAUAUCUCAUCCUGAAAUCAGAACAUAUAAGACGCAUUAAGUAGCAAAUUAUACAAAAUCUAAAUUAUAAAAUAUACAGUAUGUUCCAUUUGCAUUAAGGAGAGAACAGCUGUACAGCAUAAAAUAUGAAUUUACAGGUACAGUAUAAAUUCCAUUCACUCAUUCACCUAACUAUUAUGUGUUAUAGACAGACAGACAGACAGACAGACACAGACAGACAUGACUUGUAUGGAAGGCACUAGUUCAUCACUCUAGUUACCUCAUUGCUCAUGAUUUAUUUCUUUUUUUUUUUUUUUUUAUCGUUAACAAGCGCUUUACAAAGGGGCCUUAAAUAACUCGUCACAACGCCAACUGGAGACAAUUCAGAUUCCAACUGACGUUCGCUAACUUUACUAGCAAAGCCCUGUGUGAAAGGCGCUAGUUAGCCCAUCCGCAGUUAGAGCUACAUUGAGUAACUGCGUUCUACGAGGCGGUGAAAUAUCGAGGACUAUCUGAAGUCAGUUAUCAAGAAAUUAAGCGAAUACUUGUGUUAUAGACACCAUCACAAGCGCAGGAAUGGAUCGAACGACACGAUUGAAUGAUUUAUGAAGACUAUAAUAGGCCAUCACUCAAACUUUUAGCUUUAAGAAGUUAACAAUUUUUGACAUUAAUCCCUUACCUUGCCGCAAUUUCCAACGGGUCGGUCGAGACGUUGGGAUGGAAAGGGGUUCCGCCUCCUCAUUGCUGAUUGGUGCUAACUGUGCUCCCGUCUCUCACUAUUGUCAGUCAUUUGUUGUCAGGAGAAGAGAGUGGCGGUGAUAGGUGUAGGUCAUCGGACUAGAGUGUAGUUUUGAGCAUGGACUACGGUUUUGAAGUUAACGGUUUCACUGGCUCGUUGACAGCCACCCCCCCCCCCCCCCCCAUUUUUUUCUCCUCGGAUCUAGGUGAUUCAGAAGAAUGACCCAUUUUGAUUUGAAAACGGCGAAAUUUCGCCGAAAGGUGGCAAGUUUGCAUGCAUGUUAUAUGGACUGAUAGAACACAUACACGCACACACAUGAGCCUUGACGUGUGUGCGUGAAAUGACGUCGGUGCGUCAGUUUGCCCCGACUCGGCCGAUCACGUCAUUUUCAAAGUAUCAGAAUCAGCAAAAAAAAUUCGGACAUGCCUUUUUUUAAUAUAUAUAUAUUUUUUAAAAUAAAUCGUUUUCUAAUUGUAUUUAACGUUACAGACAUAAUAUGUUACACUCAUGCAUAGUCUUUAGUUUAGGUUUAAAUUAAGGUUAUCAAAUUUAUCCCGUUAACGGCUGUAAGUGUAAGUGUAAAUUGGGAGUGUUGACAGUUCAGACCGCCAGUCACGUUCCUAAAAAAUGUGGCCAAGAUCGGAUUUGAUCCACAUACGAAAGUGACUCAGAUCGGAUUUGAAAUGGUCCACUUCUAUGUGACUUGUCCCGUUCAGACCGUCGAGUUAAUGCCUGACUCGAGUUGGAAAAACUUCUUAAAAAUCGGAUUCGUGCAUUAAGACCUGUAGUAUGAACCUAGCCUAAGUGCCACAUUUACAAAAUCGCGGCCAAUAGAUGCAAAGGUGGUGGAAAAUUCUAUAGUUUCAAAUGUUUUGCAUUUAGUUGAUUCUGAUGCUUUUCACAAUGAAAUGAAGCUUGAAGAGAUGGAAUUGGAAGUUUAAGAGAAAAUAAAUAUACUGUUUAAAACUUAAGAGAGAUAGCCCAGAAAAACUGCGUAGGGAAAGGCUAUCACCAAUUGGUUUUGUACUAUGCACUAAAAUUACCCAGAUUUAAGGAUAUGCAAAGCUGAAAGGAGUUUGGUCGUACGUGAUUAUGGCAUAACUGGCAUAGCGCAAGACUGACUUUAUUAUUAUUAUUUUUUUUAAUAUUGUUUUUUUUACUGGAAGAGCAGUAGCCCCUAACCAGAUAUUUUAGAGGCACGAUUAGAAAAUUUAAGGCCACACAAUGUAAAUCAACACAUGAAGUCAAUACAGGCAUGAAAAUGGGUCAGGUGUUAAAAAGGUGAGAAGGGUGUGGAGGAAAUAUAUUCCGGUACACUGUACAACUAGGGCUGUCCCAAACGACUUCUUUUCUCCCGAUUAGUCAGCCGACUAUUUUUACGAUUAGUCGACUACCCCAAUAUCCCCCCCCCCCUUUUUUUUUUUUUUUUUUUACUAAUUUAGCGAUGAAAUUUUGAUGACACUUAUUAAUUCACAAAAACAUUUUGGAAAACUUAAAUUCUUUAUUUAUUAUUUAUAUUUAUCUAUUAUUUAUUAAUUAAUUAUUAAAGUACAAAUAAACACGUAAUUAACAACAAUAAAUAAACAAUGACGUCAAAUGCUGUUAGCAUUAACUUGUGCAAAAGAACGGAAUGUAAACAGAUUCAGAACACUGACUUCGCCUUUCCAACAUUAUUAAAACAAAAUCAUUAAAAAAAAUAUCUACCAUUAAUAUUAUAUUAUACUACUAUAUAUAAUAGUAGUAUAAUAAUUAUUUAUUGCCAAUCAGAUUUUUCAUAAAGGGUGUUAUUUUAAAGCUAUUAUUAGUGUAGAAUCUGAAUCCUGAAGUAUGUCGGAUUAAUGCCAGAAAUCGUUAUUUAUAUGACGAACAUGACGUGCUUUUAAUUUUGAAAUGUUCACCGGAAGUAUGUUAACUAAACCACUAACCAUAAGCCUUACACUAAAAAAAAAAGCAAAAAAAGCUUUUGUGAUUGCAUGUGGUGUCAGUAAUCUUUUUUUUUCUUCAUUUUUUCAUUUGCAAAUCCUGUUAACCAGCGAUUUUUCAUGUUUGAAGUGACACCUUUUAACCGCAAGUUUGCGUUUUGGAGAAGACUGCCAAUGUUUUAUAGCAGGCUAAAGUAGGUUGUCUUUUUUCCUCAUUAGCCGCAAUGUAGCAAUGCUAACGUUUACGGUGUUUAAUAUAGAUGUGUUUCCUUAUUUGUUAUGUCUGAACCUGAAUUCUACGGUGUGUUGAUGACCAAAGGAACUGAAUUUUAUAUGCCAUCAGCAUACGCGCGCGGUGAUUAAACGCAGCCGUGAAAAAUACCGCCCUCAUUUUUAUGUACCGUGCGAUAAAUGGACUCAUUGCAUAUCGCGACAGGCUUAGCAACUUCAAUAAAACAUGUCAUUUGGUAGUUAAAUGGACUUACGAUCUGCCAACUUGUAAUUGUCUCCUGUCGUCUUCCAAAAUUACAACUGGGUGACGGCGCUUUAGGUGUUCGUUCACGGCCGACGUGUAGCCAAGCUAGUUAUUGAAGAGACAGGACACAACAGUGUACCCUUCUCUGUUUCGUUGAAAUAAGUCAAUGUUUUGGCCACUCUGGUGCACUUUUUUGGCUUUGCUUUCCCCGCUUGCAUACUAAGCGUCCGACAUUUAAAAAACAUUUCCCGACCCUGUCCCUUUAAAAUUUUCCACUCGGAUCUACACAAUUCACUUAGGUCACCCUUUUUGAUUUCAAAACGGCAAAUUUCGCCGCCUGUAUUACUGUACAUGUACAUGUUCAUUAUAUUCCUGAUCAAAUUAAACUAAUACGGUAUGGCUGACUGAAAAGUUAGACUACCUAUCUACUGUAUAGCUGACUAAAAAAUUGGAUUACAACACUAUACUGUCCAGAGUUUUGUGUCACCUCAAAUAUUGCAAUGAAAAAUCUGCCAAGAAGCAACCAGUCAUGACCAUGAUAGAAUUGCCUCAACGCAUUUUAGAAGCCUGGCUGGGCAAGUACAUGAAAGACCAUGAAUGUCAGAAAACAGCAUGUCUACUAGUGAGAGAGCUUUCCAGGAUUUUGCACAAAAAACGAUUUACCUUUUAGAAGAAUGGAUACAAAAUUAAGCAUUUUUAGGGAAGCAUGAUUAUCACAAGUGCUACUACAGGACGUUUUUAUGCAUGCCCAGAGUAAGGUGCAUGUCAUUGGAAAAAAGCCCAGUUGAAACAUACUAGUGUUUAAUGCUUCAUUUGAUUUCCUAAUCAAUUCUCAAGAGAUCUUGUCGAGCUUAAACAGAUGCGACAUCAUCUUGCAUGCGCUGAAUCAACUUUUUAAAUAUGUAUACGCUGUGGAUGAUGGACUCUUGGUGGAAUAAAAAAGAAAUGAUGAUGAUGAGCUGUAAUUUUUGCUAAGCCGUCCGGCUGAGCUCUAACCUUGACCGCAAAGACUCAUGGUUUUGGCUUGUACCUCAUUCUCCUUUGUAUGCCUGCUCUGACUGCCUCGUUCUUUUCUAUCCACCUCCUUCCAUCUUUCCUCCAUUCAUCCUCCUUAAACUCCCUCUUUGACCUCAUGCUACUCUUGUUUAAAAUUACAACCAUCUUUUGUCUCCUUAUUCUUUACUCGCUUAUGUGUUUCUUUGCCCGGAGACAAGCUCCCAUUCCUCCCCCACUGCCCUGUACCCCUUCAUGUCGACACGUAUCUGUGUGGCCAUUCUUUAUUACUAACAUCCGGUCCGCCGUCCCUCUUGCAGCAUGCCUACGGUCAGGGUCUCAAUGUCGCCGCCAAUGUGCCGGCAUGGCCGCAGUGGUACUGUGAGAGAAUGUGAUUGUGUGUUUGCGAAGGGCAUGUGUUUUGUAUUUCCAAGGCUGCACUCUGCUAGUGUCACCGUUAAUAUAACACACUGCCUGCGGCUUGUUGCCAACAUGCAGCUCCAGCUUUUCUUUGAGAUGUUCUCUAGUGAAAAGGCUAAUAAACGCUUGUGAUCAUUUAGUGAUGCUGUGUGAGUUUGCAUUAUAUGCUCGCCCCCUUCCCGCUUUCCUGCUUCCUGGCACAUGCAUUUUAUGGUAAUGUCCUCUAUAUUGUGCAUGGCUUGGUCCCGGGAUCAAUUUUUCUUGAAUCUCUUACGAUAUAUCUUUUGUUCCAUUCCUUCUGCAGCUUCUGCCUCGUCAGUAUUUCCGUUGUGUGCUCCUCUCUUUCUCUAUUUUUUGUGUGUGUGUGUUUAUAACACGGGUUCUCUCCUAUCCCUUUUAAUUUAGUCUCCCAUUCUGUAUUUGAGCGUCUAUCUUCCUCCUUCUCCCACGUCACUCUCAUCCCCUGCUUAAUUCACUGGAGGUUUAUUGGCAUGCAGGCAUGAUUGUUUCGCCAACCCAUUACAGUUCAAAAUUCAAUGAAUGUGCGAUUCUCAAAAUUGGCUUUCAGUCUCUCUAUCCUCCCUAACCCUUUGCAGAGCCCCUUUGGUCAAUUUUCUGACCAUCCCUAGAGCUCCUAUGCUAUUACUGAUGAUUUUUCCCCCCACUGUUGCCUUCCUUCUGUCUUCUUAUUCAUAGCAUUCACAGCUUCAUCUCACUCCAUCUUAGGCAAAUACCGUUUAUCGCACCAGGCCACGAUUUGAUCCAAGUCCGCUUGCUGUACUGCUCUCAGGAGGAGGCCGAACUGGUCUUCCGAGCGGCCUGGGCCGCGGGUCAGGCCGGAGCCUCUCACAUGUGGUUCGCCGUGGGGCCGGCGCUCUCAGGUUUAGGCAUGGAGAGCCUGCCCAGGGCUCUGUUUGCCGUGCGGCCCCAGGGGUGGAGGGACGAACCCCGCCGCAGGAUCGCAAGAGGCGUGUCGGUAUUGACGCACGGGGCCGUGGCCAUGCGCAAGGAUUAUGGGACGACAGGCGGGCCGAACUUUGUCACCAACUGCAUGACGGAUGCCAAUCAGACACAGAGAAUGCGGGGCAGGAUGAGGUACUUCAGCAACAUCACGCUUGGUGGACGAGAUUACUCUUUCGACGCUGACGGCUACCUGGCCAAUCCCUUCUUGGAUGUCAUUUCCUGGACACCUGGGAGAGGAUGGGAAGAUGUAGGCUGGUGGGAGAAUGGCGUACUGAGGCUGCGACACCCAGCCUGGUCCCGCUACGGGCCUUUCCUCAAACCUCCAGACGAUGCUCAGCACUUGCGUGUUGUCACACUGGAGGAACGACCGUUUGUCAUUGUGGAGCUGGCAGACCCUGCGUCUGGAACUUGCAUCCGAGACUCAGUGCCCUGCAGACGGCCCCUCAACAACAGUGCCAACCAAGAGGGAGUAGCUCCCAUGAAGCAAUGCUGCAAGGGCUUCUGCAUCGACAUCCUCAAGAGAUUGGCUAAGAUAGUCGGCUUCACCUAUGACCUUUACCUAGUGACCAACGGAAAGCACGGGAAGAAAAUUGACGGCAUUUGGAACGGCAUGAUUGGAGAGGUCGUAUACAAGCGGGCAGACAUGGCCAUCGGUUCUCUGACUAUCAAUGAGGAGAGGUCUGAGGUCGUGGAUUUCUCUGUCCCUUUUGUAGAAACGGGGAUCAGUGUCAUGGUCUCCCGUAGCAACGGAACUGUAUCACCAUCUGCUUUUCUAGAGCCCUACAGCCCAGCAGUGUGGGUGAUGAUGUUCGUCAUGUGCCUGACCGUAGUGGCUGUGACCGUCUUCAUCUUCGAGUUCUUCAGUCCCGUGGGCUACAAUCGCAGUCUACAAACUGGCAAGAAGUCUGGAGGGUCCACUUUCACUAUAGGGAAGUCGGUGUGGCUUUUAUGGGCCAUUGUAUUCAAUAACUCUGUGCCAGUGGAGAACCCCAGAGGAACAACGAGCAAGAUCAUGGUGCUGAUCUGGGCCUUCUUUGCCGUCAUCUUCCUGGCCUCGUACACUGCUAACCUGGCGGCCUUCAUGAUCCAGGAGGAGUACAUUGACACGGUGUCAGGGCUCUCAGACAAGAAGUUUCAGCAUCCCGAAGAGCAGUACCCACCGCUCAAGUUCGGCACGGUCCCCAACGGGAGCACCGAAAAAAACAUCCGCUCCAACUACCCGGAUAUGCACCAGUACAUGGGAAAAUACAACCAGAGGGGAGUGGAGGACGCCAUUCUCAACUUGAAAACAGGGAAACUGGAUGCUUUUAUUUAUGACGCUGCAGUAUUGAACUAUAUGGCCAGGAAGGACGAAGGUUGUAAGGUGAUGACCAUAGGCUCGGGGAAGGUUUUUGCCACCACAGGCUACGGUAUCGCCCUGCACAAAAACUCACGCUGGAAACGUCCUCUUGACCUGGCCCUUUUGCAGCUGGUGGGAGAUGAUGAAAUUGAAAUGCUGGAGCGCCUUUGGCUGUCAGGUAUCUGCCAUAAUGACAAAAUUGAGGUGAUGAGCAGUAAGCUAGAUAUUGACAACAUGGCUGGGGUCUUCUACAUGCUUCUGGUGGCUAUGGGCCUCAGCCUACUGGUGUUUGCCUGGGAACACUUGGUCUACUGGAAGUUGCGUCAUUGCAUGGCCACCAGCUCAGGCAAACUCGACUUUCUCCUAGCCAUCAGUAGAGGCAUGUAUAGCUGCUGUAGCUUUGAAGAUGAAACAGCGCCAGGGGGUCCUAAAUCAUUGGGUUCUCAUCACCACACUGCAAUGGUUGCUGUCCCAUCCCAAGCGCAUGUUAUCUCAACGUCGAUGACCAGCCCAACUAUUGCUAUAGCACAGCAGCAGCAACCACCACAACAGCAACCACAGUCGGUUUACAAGACGCCUCUUCCUGGCUCUCCUCCCACCGUGGUGCAUUCAGGAACAGCAGUGGGUCCCUCCAGCACCCCCAUUGCUGGCGCACCCCUCCCUUGCUCCACCUUCCUGCCCAGGCCAGACCGCAGACUGGCUGUGGUGGAUCGCUGGAGACUGCCCAAAUCUGCCACAGCUACCAACCCAAGGGCUGUAAGGGGAGGCAUUCCUGACAUGGGACCCUUCGCUCAAAAAAUCCCACCAAACUGGGCUUCAUCUGCUGGAGGAGGUGGGGGACUUGAUGGUUAUAAGAGAUACUAUGGUCCCAUUGACCCUGAGGGACUGGGGCCCUGCAUGGAGCAGCAGGCAGGGUCCCAGACCCCCAAGACUAUGCCUAGGGGCCACCCCCAGCCACCUCCAGCCAGUGUGGCCUUCUAUUCAGAGAAGGGCAUGGACCAUGGGGUAGGGAAGAGGGUGGUGGGUGGUGGCAGUGGGGGUCAGGGGAAAGUGGCUGCUAAACCUCUUGGAACUCCAAGACUGCCUCCUAAGAGUCAAGCCCCUCUGCCUCCUACACCCCCACUGCCACACCCCUCUCCCCCUCUCCCCUCGUCCUUUUGGAGAAGACGAAGGCCCAAGAAGCCAAAAGAACCUGGAGGGCCACUGUAUGAGAACAUUCUGCCCCUGGGGCGGAGGGUAGAGGCACGUGAUGGAGUGAGGGAGGGAGGAGGAAGGAGGGCACGCCCCCUUUCUCCCCCACUUUCACUUCCUGUGCCAGUACCCCUCAGCCCCUCUUACACCCCUCCCUCGCCAUCAGCCUCCUUGCACUACACGUCCUCAUCAUCUUCGUCGACUACAUCGUCAACAUCCACAUCAACUUCAGCAUCAUCGUCUCGUUCUUCAUCCCCCACGUACUCUUAUAGCUCCUCCAGGAGUACACGGGACAGGGCCCGAGGACUUGAUGAAGAAGAGGAAGAUGAUGAUGAGGAGCUGACGGAAGAGUCAAGCCUUCUCCUCGGGAGGGGGCGAGAGAGGGAACGCUCAAUCAUCCGGCCUCGUUCCUUGAGCCACGGGCGCUUGCCUCCACCUAUACCGCCCAGGAAACCACGAACACCCUGGGGUGACAGAGAACGUGAACGGGAGAGAGGGGGCAGCCAGCUGUCUCAACUUCAAGAGUGGUGGGCAAGCUGGAGUGAAAGAGAGAAAAGUGGAGCUGGCGGAAAUGCAGAGAGACAAAAACGUGAAAAGAAGAGAAGGAAAGAAAAAGAGAAGAAGAAAAAGAAAAAGAACAAAAAGAGAAAGAAAAGGGAAGAACGGGAAAGAGAACGUGAGAGAGAACGGAAAAGACGAAAAGUGAAAAAGAAGAAGAAAAAAGCACUCAAGACAAAGAAAAGGAAGAAAUCUACCGGGGGUAAAAGAUCAGAGCCAGAAGAUGGAGAUGUAGAGCCAGAGAGGGAAGGAGAUGUUGAAGGAGAGAGAGAAGGAGGAAUACAGGACUAUUCCUUUUCUUCCCAGUAUCGGAGUACUUUUGGAGAGAAGCGGAGGGAUUCAUGGGAGGGAGAGCGGGAGAGAGUUGGGAGAGAUGGAGGAGAGGAGGGCAAUGACAGGGAGGGGGAGGACAGUGGAAGAAGCAGAGAAAGGCAUUCCAAAUCAACACACAUUCAUUCCAGACACCGUACCCCCAGUAAGCGUUACCCCAACCUUAACAAACUCCCUGCGUCGGUCAAAUUUUGGGUAAACGGAAGAGGAGAUGAUUCAAACACUCCCCCCACAUCCCUGCACCCCUUUCUCCCAUCUAGCAAGCGACGAAGAAGUGGAGGCAUAGAUAGAGAAGAUAGUGGUAGAGGAGGAGAGAGGCGUCCUCUGUUAAUGCCCUAUGAAAAAGAGAAAGCGCAGACCAGGGAAGGGCUUUCCUUGCAUGAGUGGGAUUCCGAUGAUGAUGAUGAUGACGAAAAUGACGAGGAUGAGGGAGAAGAGGAGGAUAGGGAAAGAGUUAGGGAUAGGGAUCGUGUGAUGGGGAGAGGAAGAAGGGCAGGUAGGGGAGCAGUUUCUGAAACAGAGAGGGAUAGGAUAGAAAGGAGGGUAGAUGACAGCUACUCAGAUGAAGGCUCAUCAGGGGAGUUUGGACGUUUUGAAAGGUACUGGGAAGGUGGGGGGAACAGCUCUGGGAUAGGAGGUAUAGGAGGCGGAGGCUGGUUCUUUGGAACGUACCCCUCGAGAGAAAGAGGAGGCAGUAUCAACAGUCGGGAUGAUUCACUUCUUGGAACAAGGGCAGAGGGAUGGAUUAGUACUGAUUUUUGGAGUUCAGGGGCAGGUGUAGGUUGGGAAUCAGGGGGAGGCAGUGGGGGACUGGGCUCACAGUGGCCGCCGCCCCCGUCAGCCUUCCCUCCGCCAAGGAGAUACUGGUCUAUGGACAAGAUCCCAAUUAAGGGAGAGAAAAAGUGGAAGACCGCAGGUAAGAAAAGUAAGAGACAAGUAAGGGACAGAGCAGAGGAAGCUCGUCGGCCCACUAUGUGUUCUUGUAGCCUUUACCCACAUCCCCACCCUUACCCACAUCCACAUAGCCGCUCACACGCUUCCCAUACCAAAAGACGACCCACCUCACUAUCGCAUAGCCAGGAAGAGCUUCUCCCCCACUGCCACAGUUUCAGUGGGGGGUCCAGACCCAAACCUCUUCCUCCAAAGUCAGAUCCCAGUCAGGCCAAAUCAGGCAGCCAAUCUAACCUCAGCACACAGCCCACUGAGCUAGCACCUCAACCUCCACCGUCACCACCUCAGCAGCCAUCUCUGUCUCCCACUACCCUCCCAAUGCCUAUCCCGCCUCCGCCCUCCUCAUCUUCGGUCUCACCUCCAGCAGGGGUGGGGAUGGCUGGCCCGAGCCUGAUGCAGGCUUCAGCCAGUGCCAAACUCCAGUACCAGAGACUCCGUUCUGUGCCACAGCCACGAAGGUUCUACUCACCUCACCUGCCACUUAAAGCCAAGAGUCUGUGCUCGCGUCGUGGGUCAGCCCACUUCUCCAGCCUGGAGAGUGAGGUAUGACAGGGGGAGAGGAGAGAGGGAGACGUAGAAGCAGAAGCGAGCACCUCUGUUACAGAGCACCUUGGAGCCAGGGUAGCUGGACACAGAGACGUGGCUGCCUUGGUAACCAUAGGUAAUCAGUUGGCGGCCAUCGCAGUUGGAACUGAUGUGGACAGUGGUUCCGAAGCUGUCAUUGCUCUGCAUGAGAGCAACGCCGCCGCUACCCACUCGCUUGUACAGGUUCUAGUAAGAGCAACGGUGAGACGCCACACCAGGUUAAGCUACACCCCCUUGGAUGGUUCCCAUGAUGACGAGAGUGAAGUCGAGGCCGCAUCACUGGGGGCGACAGCUCCAGAACUUCUCCUUCGCUCCGAGUUGAGCUUUGUGAUGUCAUCAUCGGUCCUCCUCCCCUCACCGGGUCCCAGCUAUGGAUAAGUUUGUCUCCAACCCGUGAGUAAUGAUGUCAUAUUGUAUUUGUACACACGUGCAUGAGCGCACACACUGGCAAAAGGUGUCGUAUGCUCAAAACGUCUCCCUCCCUCUGGCUUUGGAAACAAUUUGGUGGGUUCAAGAGGAACACAUGCUCUCCCUUAUGGCACCUUUCAACAAGAAUGGUGGACUGCUUAUGGAAGGUGAAGCAAUGGGCUCCCUCUUUGCAAAAGAGCAAAGAGUUGCUUUUGUAAAUCAAUUGUUAUGAAAAGCAAUUCAGUCAAAUCUCCCAUGCACUCUGAUAACCUUUCACUGAGCAGUGAGGACAAUGCUACUUACAGUAUGUACUCUUUGACCUUGCAACACCAUCAGACCCAUCUAGCUCUACCCCUACUCCCACCUACUCUAUGUGAUGUCAUCUUUUGUUAGAAACCAGUUAGACUGACCAGGAUCCACUUCUCAGUGUCAGUUUUUCGUCCAACUAGAACUGGAACACAGUAUGAGAGUGUUCGGAAAAAAAAAAAAAUUUAAAGGGGAAAGAAGAACAGAAAAAAAGACAUGUAGCAUUUUCUUUAGUUUCUUACUUUGUACUGUUUUUCUUCAACCUGUCUUUUAUCUUUGACAUUGUUUAAUGUAUGACUAUAUUUCUCUCACUUGGUUAGUGUUGUAAGAAAGAGGAAGCUGGAUGUGGCUCGUGUUGGAAGUGAGAGCGAUUCAAUUGUUGUGCCAAAUAUCUCCACUAAAGCUUUUAAGUGAGAUUAGUUUUCACAUCAUUUAUUUUCACAGAGAAGUGAUAAGUUUUUUUUUUCCCCACAACACACCAUCCUAUAAUCGGAUCAAGGGGAUGAUUGGUGCAGUAUUUGUAAUUGGCACUAGAUGGCUGCAUAAUAUUCAAGUAAGCUUUGGAGACAAUUAUGGAAUUAUGGUGUGUUUAGCAUUUGAAUUUGCAUAAUAGACAGCUGGAGGUGUGCCGCUGCUUAUUGUUUUAACAAAGGUGGCUAUUGGCAAGAUGAAAAUGGGAAAGUGCAUUCCAUUGAAAAAAUGACAACACUGUUUUCUGAUUUUACAGAUGGUUUACAUUAAGCACAAUUGUUUAUCGUAUUUUUUGGGCUAACAGUAUGUGCAACAUUUGUUAUUGCACUAUCCAAAGGUCAUGUUAUUCAUUGGCGUGUUAAAAAGGAGCACUUGUUUUUCUUGAGCGCAAUUUAUUUUAACUAUGAAUCCAAUUGGGACGCCUAGAUUUUAUUGAUUAAUUAUCUUACAUUUCAGCUCCACUUUGAGAAGUUUGAAAGAAAUACUGUGAACAUUUGAGGCUGACAUGUCACCGAAUACAGCUAAUAUCUAUCGUUACGAAAGACUGUAUGAUUGAGCAAUAUUCCCACCUUCAAUGUGACAGGGAUGCUGUAGCUGAAAGAUUGUUCUUAAAAUGGACUAUUUCUCCCAGCUGGGCUCAGACACAUACUGAUUUACUUUCAAUAGUCCAAUUUGAUUGUGUGAGAGUUUUACACCUCGGGAAUGCUUUGUGUAGCAGUUUCUUCAAUGGGCCGCUCCAGAAGCCAUCUAAUGUAUAAACGGUACCAGUGUUGCCAACAGUCGCCAUUGAUAGAUUCCAUUUUCAUCAGGCCAAGGUGUUCCGCCUAAAUCUCACACUAAGACCAGCCACAGCCCAGCUCUUCUUCUACUGUAGUUGAAUGUAGCUUUGUCACAAUGUAGCAAAAGAACAUCUACUUUUAGACUUUGUAGCUUUUUGGAUGCUAAUGGCGAGGGGGAUUGACUUGCUCUAUGAGGGACUGUGAGUUAUAUUUGUGCAUGUUGUCACAGAUCGAAGGCUUAGCCGACCUUCUCGAUUCCCCCUUUCACCUUUAGCUGCACAUGGAUUGCUUUUUUUUUUUCUACGUCAGUGGGACAAUUUGAAGAAAAUAUAUAUAUAUCAAUCUGUCGUCAUAAUAGAGAGCUCCUUUUGCCAUUUUCACCCUUUAAAAAGCCCCCUGAAUCAGUGCAUGUUGAACUGAAUUAAAUCUCAAAGAUUUAUGGCGGGAGAGUUGCGUUGUUAGAUUAGGAGCGAAGGAAGCCGCUUUUUUUCCCCCCGUGUGGUUCUGAGCCCGCGUUACGCUUCAUCCCAACGCUAGUAACCACAGCGACAUUUUGGCUGUGUAGCAGUCAUUCACACAACCAACAGGGCUUAAACCUGCUGUGACAUUGAGCGGUAUUGAUUUCAAUUGAGGCGCUAAUUCUUGAGUCUGUGACUGCAUGAACAGAAGUGUCUCUUAAAAAUAUUUUGCUCCUUUUUUUAUGAUUUUCUUUUAUGCUGAGGAAAAAAAAAGAAUAUAUUAAAAUAUACUAUGUUUUUGAGAAUGUACCAUGUUAUACUGUGAUUCAACUGAGAUAUUUUAUUGUAUUCAGAUCAUUUGAAUUCUAUCAUUUAUGAAGAAAUAUAUAUGUACAAAUAAAUAUAUACAUAUAUAUACACACACAGGUAUAUAUAUUAGUUAAGUUUGGUAUAUUUGGAGGAAGUGUUAGAUUAACUAGUUUUAAAUGUUUUAGCUUUGUAGCAAAACUAGAAACUGAAAUCAUUUUUGAAUUUUGAUUCCUCCUAUAUGACUGUGAAGACAUUAGUGCCUGUGACAAAAAAGACAAGUAAAAGUCGAAACUCGCUAUUCAUCUGUAUCUACCACAGCUAUUGGUCUGUCACUCCUCUCGUACUACCUAGAAUUACUUUUUGACACUUGAUGCUCCCCCCACAUCACUACUAUGUUCCCUGGCACAGUCUGCGGUCUCUUUUGCUUUCCCCUCCUAUUGUUUUAUGGACAUUCUCCACUCCUUUGGGUUCCGGCAGAAAGCGAGCGCAUUUUUUGUUAAUCAGAGCAAACUUGCCUUUCUUGAUCAUCCUGCCAUCGCUCACUUAGCAAAAACAGAGACCAGUAGAUACUGUGUUCUUGCUCCUCUUGACUGAUUGUUGACGAUGAUCAAUUCAUUGCUAUGUGGAAUAACCUUUGAACAUUGUUACUCUUAAUGAUGUGACUGAAGUGUGUAUCUGACGACCACGCCACUGUAGCAAGUCUGGGCUGUAACCACACCACCAGCGGGCGAACGAGGCCGCAGUUGCUAUGGUGUUGCCAUGGCAUUUUUCAUGGCGUUGCUAUGGUGUUCUCUGCACCGCCACCACCUGGUGCCUGCUGGGUAAUAUAGCAUAAAGUCCUUUACUUUCCCCAAAGCGCUGAUCAAAGAUUUGCCGUGCUCUGCUGAGCUCAGUCCUGGGAAAAAAAAAAGGGGGGCGCCGACACAUCUGCUUUCUCGACCGAUCAGAUCUAGACUGGACUGCUGGCGAUGAUAAAUGUUUCUAUCAUUCUCACUUGCUAAUCCUUAGAUCUUUAGCGCCUGUUUCAUAUCAUUGAUAGCCAGUCAGCACCGCAGCGUAUCUCUGUAUGUGUCUGACAUUGAAUGUUGAGAGGUUUCAUGCCAUUUAGGCAUAUUGCAUGCUCUCCAAUCCCAUGUAAAAGCCCUCAGUAGCAUGCUUCUAUCAUAUAAGGGAGAACAGUGUUGGUUGUCACACAGGCUGGUUUUCACUCUUGUUAUAAUUCGACCACUAGAGGGCGGUGUUUCGUAAUAUCACUCUUAAAACAAUUGGAAUUGUCUUUACUACAAGUUUCACAUUUGUUUUUUAAGGUCAAUUACAAAGUUAAAGCGUUUCACUAUUCUUUUUAUGGGAAUUUAGACCGGUGUUUUUCAACCUUUUAUUAUCCACGACGCACCUUUUUUAUUUUAAAAUCCCAAGGCAUACCAACAGUAAAAGAAAAAAUGAAUUUCUGUCCCCUAUAUUAACUAUACAGAAUCGUGUGUUGAAUAGGAAUCAAAAUAACCUAAAGAAAAACACAUUUUAUAAUCAUAUUUUUACUCACUCAGAAUGGCUAUUUGUUAGAGGUGUGCGAAAUUUCUGAUUCUUAUAUUAUUCGCGAUUCGGCAGUGGAAGAUUCGAGAACGAUUCACAAACAUCCAAAUUCCGAUUAUUGAAAUAUAUCAAGUAAAGCGGAAGUAAAACACACUCAGCUCUUCGUGACGCAAUGAGGAACGGAGCGAGAGUAGCUAAACAUCAUGCUUGUCAUUACACGGCCCCUCGGGCAAUGCUAAUGCUCAACUCAUGGCUCUAGCUCAACUCAUGCCGCGAGAUAAAAAAAUUAAAAAAAAACAUACCUGACUGCUGCCGACAGCUGCUACAGAGUACGUCCACAUAAUGGUACGGUAGAGAUCAUAUUUAUAUAGGGCUAGAGAUGAAAUAGACUCGUUGGCGUUAGCAGCACAUGUACAGAAAGCUAGAUGCGGGCGUUAGUAAACGACCGCCAUCUUAAAGCAGUAGACUUCCCUGCAAGGCUGUUGUAGCGAACCUUCCAAUCGAACCUAAUUAACUUUUUAUCUAAAAUACUCCUAAAUCGGUAAAAUAUUGACUUGAAUCUAUCUUUAAAAUAGUUUUAAAACUUUCACAUGUCGAAAGUAGACAAAAGGGAAAUUAUGGAAAAACGGGAGCAAUUUUAACAACUUUAACGAUUGAUUCACAACAUUAAAUUAAUUGAAUGUAGUUUAAAGCUGCUUAUACAGAAUGGGGAUUUGAGUAUAUUAUUUAUUGUUUUUAACUAUUAACUUGAUACUGAAA